AGAGUGACUUUGAUGUUUGUACCGAAUGUGGAUCUCUAGCGGAGUGUGACCAUGAUCGCGAAACUCUCCCUGCCGUUCCUUCCCGAGGAGGGGCCUAUUCGCUUCCUGGAGUGUGCAGACCUGAUUUGGCGCUAGAGAUUGAUGAUACCCUUGACAUGUGUUCUGUUAAGUCCAUUCUACCUCAUUCUGAGGUAUUCAACACAUACGGAUCGCUUCCAAACGCCGAGCUCAUUUCCAGGUACGGCUUCACCCUGCCGGAGAACGAAUACGAUAUCGUUAGCUUAGGUUACGGCUCCUUCUCCGCCUUCAUCAACAACCUCAUAGAUGUGGUACACUCUUCCGCCGACAGUGGUUACGAUGCCGACAUGCAGGGGCGUUUACAGAUCCGAGUCAGGUACGGGAACAAGCGAAUAGAUCUGGUGGAUAAACGGUCAUGUUUUAAUUCCAGAAACUUAAGUCUGCCUACGGACUUCCGUGCAUUGAGUGGUGAACGCGAGAUAGACGAUUUCACGAUCCGAUUCUUACGAAUAUAUUCGCAUUUUGCCAGACAUUGGACGACAGAACCCACAUGGGACGAAAUGGGUGACAAUGGAGUAGUCUAUAAUUCUCCGUCGGCCUUGUCACCACGGUCCCUACGAGAUGAUCCAGAUCCUGCUCUUCCCGAAGCCUUUAACAUCAACAGCGAGGGAAAGCUGACUCAUACACUGUGGCUUUUCUGCCCUACGCAUCAUUCAUUUGUGGAAGGCGUGAAACGCUACCUCAUGGAUGUACAGAAUCAUAUUGACAAUGCCAGGGAAACGGGGGAUGAUGACGAAGAAGUCUCGGUCUCUCCAUGGUCGGACGCCCCCUCGGAUACUCGGGACGAUCCCUAUUUCCAUGUCCCUCAAAGCCUUGUGACGGCCGAAACCAAAACCGACAUUGACGGAAUAUCCACAGACGAAAACAAUGUUCUUGCCAGCGCAAAAGAUAGUGCCUGUUUCAUAUCUAGUCUCGAGCCAAUUAGUAGGUCUCUGGGCCUCGACCUGCCCAUUGAAAUUAGACCCGACGGAGACGCAUAUGUCCUUACCCAUGCUUACACCGCAAAAGUGCCUUCGGGACCUUCAAGCGCCUCACAAGCGGUGGUCUGGAGCGGCCUUCGAAGAAGAUCUUAUGCGGGUGAAGAGCGGCCCAACAAACGUAUACGGCAUUCUAGUCCCUAUGCCGUGGUUAGCCAGGAGGAUCUGCCCUUCGAUAUAUACGGCAGGCCAAGUACAGCCGCUCCGAGCGAAAUGAUUGUCAGCAGUGGAAAUUCAGCUGCUAGUGCAGGACACGGAGAAGCGAUAAACGCCCAUCGGGUAGCACAAACGCUUGCUCUUAUCGUGGUACACCUUUGCCAGCACAGGGUCGAUUGUGCGCAGGUAUCCGAUGUGAACGCUGGAAGUUUGACUGCAGCGGAACUCGGAGAGCUCCUAGAUGUAACACCGAUACAUAUGCAUCGGACCCGAGUGGCAAUGCUACUAGCGCUGAAUGAGAAGUCUAUUCUGGAGAGCUGCGCAUCCACUUGGGGUGCUGUUCUGAAGAUAUCGACAAGGAAUGACCACGCAAGCUCCAGCGGACCAUAUAGUUGACGAUAAGGAAGCUUCUGUGCGGGCAAGU